GCAAAACCGCCGCCGCCGUCAAAACGCUUAGCGGAGUACUGUACUACCCGCCCAAGCCGGUUGGCGUUCACGUUCGCCAAUGUUCACCAGUCUGGACUAGAUCGCUCGCGCUGCGCGCAGUCUUCACUUCGCGAUCAAACAUUUACACAGGAUUGAAUUGUGCGAGCCUUAUGAUCUUUUUGAUUGUCGACAAUGACCCCAGGAAUCUUCCCGUGCAACAGCGUGGAUGUAUUGGGCGACGACGGUCUCUUACGUUACGGACGCGUGGUGGAUGUGGCGGACCGGGGUCUUUACAUCGACUUCCUCUGCCCUAAUCGCCGACGUGAAUUCACGCUGUUUGGACGAAUGUUCCACAAUGAUGACAGCCGAUAUCUGGACCGAAACGAUAUGGCCCGGAGAUAUCCUGUACCUCAACUACCCGCAGAAGUUCUGGCGCGCGAGAGCGCCUCGGGGGCGUGGACGUGGUUCCCGCGGAGUUACGCAUUCGGACCAGCGACAUCGGGCACUCUAGUUACAGCGUGGCCGUGGUCCAUCGCGGGAAACCAGACGAGUAUGCGGAUGUCAUUCCCAUGACGCGUAUUCGCUGGAAGACGUCACCCACUGAUCGGCGCACUCAGGUUGGGUACAAAUAUCGCAGACAGAGCGUGGAUUUUCCCAAACAGGUGGAGAAAGGGACCUUCGUCACGCGCUGCAUUCCGUUAUCAGACUGGUAUCCCCGGGAACUGGUUACCGCAGCGCUGCAACAGCAGAAUCGAGAAGUGAUUCCCCGUUUUGGACACUCGGCUCCCGCUGUCGGUGUGGAGAUUGUAGCUGGAUGUGUGGUGUACGUUGUGCGUCGAUCUGAUCCUGGUACGGAACCCGACAAAGCUCAGUUGACAAGAGAACUGGAAUAUAUCAACAGACUCUCCACGACGUUGACUAAUUCCGUUUCGCGAAUGCGAGAACCAAAAGAACAGCCAAAAGGAAUGGCAAAAGUUGCUGUGCUGCCGACGGAAUUGUGGACGGAGGUGUUCUCUUAUCUGGACACUGUGACGCAGACCAAACUGCGCCCUGUGUGCCCAACAUGGAACAUCCUUCUGGAUUCACCUUACUUGCGGGCGCGUAUUAUCCUUGAUAGCUCGGCGUUUACCAAAGUGGAUCCUAAUUAUGAGCCAGUUUAUUUCAUGAUCGCCGCUCUCUUCAAAUGUUUCAAAUACGCCCACUACAUUGCUGUAGUUGACCCACGGUCGUGGAUAAGUGAAGCGGGUGUCUGGGAAAUGUUCGACGUUAUUAACUUUAUUGCACAGCGCCAGAAUGGCAGUAAACUGAAAGCCGUCUUCUUGCGUGGACUGUGUUUCUGUCUGCUGGAUAGCUUUUAUCAUGACCAUCCCACGCUCCAUCGAUAUUUAUCGGGUGCCAGCUGUACUCUAGAGAAUCCGGGUAUGAUAUACCGCGGUCUUCCAUGUGACAACGUCCAUAUUAAACGGUGCAGGAUCGUUUUGAGUUGCUUGGAUUAUGGUUCUGAUAUUAUCCUGUCUGUCAAGAUUCGCGUGCGUCAUCAACGUCUGACCGGAGAUUUCGCCGGCGGGCUAUGGAGCGCCCUGGAAGCGGGAUUGCCAGCGCCAGGCCACACGGAACUGCGUCGUCUGGGCACGUGGUUAUCGUUGCACACACACGGCAAGCAAACGUCGCAUGCACGUAAAUGUGUGGCCUUCGUCUGUAAGACGUUGUGUGCGACACAGACGGCGGAUCCGCGUCCAACGCUGCAUUACCGCGGGAAGGAGUGGUGUGUGGACGGUUUGAAGGGUUUGAAGCUGAAGAAACUGUCGCGUGUGGCGCAGGAUUUCCUCAUCCAGCUGAUGGAUGCCCUGUCGCCUUAAUUCCUCCUGGUCCUGUGUGCACCGAAUCACGUGGCAAUACAGUUUAUAGUCGCCAUGAAAGGGAAUUUUAAUGGUUACUUACCUUAAUACAGUACCUUUUGUUACUUUUUCGUGUCGUUGCCGAUGUUGAUUGAGCAGUUAGAAUUGUCGGGUACAUCUGUCCAUGCGUAGUUGUGCGGCGGAACUAGUUCUAACCCCCUUUUUUAUAGAUUCUAUCUGUUGCUAAUUUUCUUAGGAUUUUCUCACGCUGUGUAUAAGUUAGUUAGUGUCAGCAGAAGAUAUAAGCGUUU